GGAAUCUCUCUCUCUAUUAUAUUAUACUACUAGUGUUUAUUUCAUAACAACAAUUGUAGUUUUUAUUUUCAUAUAUUUUUCUUUUUUCUUUCACUUUUUAUUUUAAAUAAAAUAAAACAUAUUUGGCUUUCCAGCACCCUCCCUCCGUCUAAUACUAGUACUAACUGAAGAGAAGACAAAAAGUGUGAAACCCUAAAGCGAUGAGACGAGCUCUUUGUGUAUGGUCCCGCACUUGCCAUGUCUCUCAGUACUUCAAAUCAAAUCCCAAUUGUCUCAAUAGUAGCAGUAGCAACAGCAAAAUCAUUCAAUGCCCAGUUGUUGUUUCUCAUUUUGCUUCUCCAAAGAUUAGAUUUUUCUCAUCUUCAGAAAAUGAUGAUGACAACAACCCGGAGACUAGCUUGACUGAAUCUGCAGAAAAUCAACAAGUCCCCCUCAAUGUUAAAGAUGUCAGUAAUAAAGAGUUGAAGCUGCGGAUCGAGGAGUAUUUCAACAAAGGCAAUGAAGAGGCGCUUCCAUCAAUUCUUGAAGCAAUUCUAAAGAGGAAAUUGACGCGAAAGCAUGAACACACAGACGAUGAGUUAUUGGAGGAGAUGCAAUUGAAACCCCUGGAUGAUGUAAAUGAUCAAGAGUUUGAAUCAGAUCUCGAGGAAGCUCACAGCACUGAUGAAGAGAUUGAAGAUAUAUAUGACGCGACAGAUAUUGUGCAGAAGAAAAUGGCGUCUGAUCCGUUCUUCAACGUGGAUGACAGAAAGUGGGACGAUAUGAUAAAAGAGGCUACUGAGCACGGGCAUCUUAAGGAUACAAGGGAGUGUGAGGAAAUUUUACAGGAGAUGCUUAGCUGGGAUAAAAUUCUUCCUGAUGAAAUUAAGAAGAAGGUGGAAGUGAAGUUUGAUGAGAUAGGUGAAAUGGUUGAAAAAGGUGAGAUUACCCCUGAAGAAGGCUAUGCAUUGUUCAAAGAGUUUGAGGAUGGGGUGGUCGUGGAGUGUGCAAAACUUAUGGAGAAGGAUGCUCCACAGUUUGAUGGGACUAAUUUGCCAGAUGACAAAAAGGAUUUGGAUGACCCACCAGGUGAAGGACCAGUUCUUAGAUGGUUUACAAGGGUGGUCUUUGCUCCUGGCGGUGACGCAUGGCAUCCAAAAAACAGGAAAGUCAAAUUGGCUGUUACAGUGAAAGAGUUGGGUAUGUCAAAGCAUCAAUUUCGUCGCUUAAGAGAAUUGGUUGGAACACGCUACCAUCCUGGUAGAGACGAGCUUACCAUUACUAGUGAAAGAUUUGAACACCGCGAGGAGAAUAGGAAGGACUGCCUGAGGACUCUAUUUGCUCUCAUUGAGGAGGCUGGAAAGGCCAACAAAAUGGUAGAGGAUGUUCGAACUUCAUAUGUGAAGCAGAGGCUCAAAGCAAAUCCUGCAUUCAUGGAAAGGCUGCGGGCAAAAACCACAAAAUUGAAAGAAUCUAGCUUGCUGCAUGCAUGAGACAAGCUGUUUGCAGCUUUCAUUUUCUUGUUGAAGAUAAAAUGAAGGGUUAUUGAUGUGCCUUCUCUUUGACAUUUCAAAAUCCGCAUUCACAGUUAAUACAGGUUUGCGCUUUUCUUACAUGGUCUGGUGCAAAAGAAUUACCACUUUUGGUGGCACGUUUGUGCAUUAGCUGCCCUAGUUGUCAAAUCACAUCAGAAGAUUGGAACGGCAAGAGUCAAAGACAACCGGAAACCGUGUGAAGAGAUGAUCGUUUCUACUUGAACUACGGCUUCUCAUCCGCCCCCAGCUGAAAGAGAAGGGAACUGACUUAAAAUCCUCAUCUUUGAGAGAAUUGUAGUCAAACUACAAACUAAACUCUUUCAAGCUGCUUUUUCCAUCUACGUUCUAGUCCAUUGUCUUAAAGUCCUAUAAGUUGUCUGCUAAUCUAGUUUGGUAGGGUGUGAAGCAUGGCACUUCUUGUUUGGGAUGUGGUUUUUCUGGAUGCUGUGUCCUGCCUUUUCGUUAUUUUUGUUAGCAUUCUUCGUUGCUGUGUAACUUAAUUUUCACUUGCGAAUAAUGGAAUUCAUAGUGGUAUCGUAACUCAGAACCCCCAUUCAGGGGAAUCUAACGAGUUGAGGGAUCAGCAAAUAUGUUGUCCUUCGUUUUGCA